UUGGAGAUAAGCUUCUAGCUGUGAACAGUGUAUGUUUAGAAGAAGUUACUCAUGAAGAAGCAGUAACUGCCUUAAAGAACACAUCUGAUUUUGUUUAUUUGAAAGUGGCAAAACCCACAAGUAUGUAUAUAAAUGAUGGCUAUGCACCACCUGACAUCACCAACUCUUCUUCUCAGCCUGUUGAUAACAAUGUUAGCCCAUCUUCCUACUUGGGCCAGACACCAGCAUCACCAACCAGAUACUCACCCAUUUCUAAAGCAAUGCUUGGAGAUGACGAGAUUACUAGGGAACCUCGAAAAGUUGUUCUUCAUCGUGGUUCAACAGGCCUUGGUUUCAACAUUGUGGGAGGCGAAGAUGGAGAAGGAAUAUUUAUUUCCUUUAUCUUGGCUGGAGGACCUGCUGACCUCAGUGGAGAGCUAAGAAAAGGAGAUCGCAUUAUAUCGGUAAACAGUGUUGACCUUAGAGCUGCCAGUCAUGAACAAGCAGCAGCUGCUUUGAAAAAUGCAGGCCAGGCUGUCACUAUCAUCGCACAAUAUCGACCUGAAGGGUGGAGAAGAAAGAACGAGCCCGAUUAAAAACCGUAAAAUUCAAUUCUAAAGCAAGAGGAGAUAAAGGGGAGAUCCCUGACGACAUGGGAUCAAAAGGCCUGAAGCAUGUAACUUCUAAUGCCAGCGAUAGUGAAAGUAGUUACCGUGGUCAAGAAGAAUAUGUCUUGUCUUAUGAGCCAGUGAAUCAACAAGAAGUUAAUUAUACUCGACCAGUCAUCAUCCUGGGACCCAUGAAGGACAGGAUAAAUGAUGACUUGAUCUCAGAAUUUCCUGACAAAUUUGGAUCUUGUGUCCCUCAUACAACUAGACCAAAACGAGACUAUGAAGUAGAUGGAAGAGAUUAUCAUUUUGUGACUUCAAGAGAGCAAAUGGAAAAAGAUAUCCAGGAGCAUAAAUUCAUUGAGGCUGGCCAGUAUAACAAUCACCUGUAUGGAACAAGUGUUCAGUCUGUGAGAGAAGUAGCAGAGAAGGGCAAACAUUGUAUCCUUGAUGUGUCCGGAAAUGCCAUAAAGAGAUUACAGAUUGCACAACUUUACCCAAUAUCUAUUUUUAUUAAACCCAAAUCAAUGGAAAAUAUCAUGGAAAUGAAUAAGCGUCUAACAGAAGAACAAGCCAGAAAAACAUUUGAGAGAGCCAUGAAAUUGGAACAAGAAUUUACUGAACAUUUCACAGCCAUUGUACAGGGAGAUACUCUGGAGGACAUUUACAACCAAGUGAAGCAGAUCAUAGAAGAACAGGCUGGUCCUUACAUCUGGGUCCCAGCCAAAGAAAAAUUAUGAAGACUGAUGUUGCUCUAUUUCUCUUUUCCACACUCGUUUCUUUGCCAUUUCUUUGCCCUUCCUCCUGAGUCCACCCACAGUACUUCUUUCUUGUUGAAUCAGAUCCCCUCAUCAGGGUCGGCAGUUGUGCUCAUUUUUGACAUGUAGCGUCUCCUUCAUUGAGUAUCAUCUGUAUUCUGUGUUGCUACUGGUUUGUGACCAUUUUUCAGAACUGAAGGUAGAUGGCCUGACCAGCUGUUAAGGCUUUGGGGAGAUGCAAAAUUGUAAAAUUCCUUAAUGUUUAAGGGAAAGUUAACUUUAAGAGAAUUUCAGAAAAGCUUUAUAUACAUUAUUUUCAGAUUUCAAUAAAUAUGAAAGAAGAUGGUUUUAAUCAGUGAUUUAAUUGACUUUGAGCAACUAUGCACGUUUAACUUUGAUAGCAUGGUUUGGCCAAUCAAUGUAUUAGCUCUCAAGUUCUUUUCUUGAUUGACUGCCGUUAUUAAAGCAGAUGUUUUGUUACAGACAAAUAAGAAAAAUGCGGGUUUUUUAUUUCAGAAUUAAUGUCUGAGUUAACUCAUAAUUUCACGAGGGAUAAUUGUUUUUUGUAAGAGGUCUUCAUUGUUUGAACCCUCACCCAGUGCUUUGCUAGGAGUAACAGUGUUCAAGUGGUUUGAAUCUGCUUGUGCAUUACUGUAGUGUCUUUCAAAAGUUGUUCAUACAGUUUCUGACAUAAGGCCAUGUUUAGGUGCUAGGGGAGCUCACCUUUUAACCAAAGGUGAGAACAUUUCAAACAUAACUGCAGACAGAAAAGAUGCUUUGGUGGAGAUGUGGUAAGUCAUCAGGCAGUAGAAAAGGAAUCCAGUUCAAAGCUGAAAAUUUCAAAUGUAUGCUUAGGGAGGGGUCAGAUUUUAAUGACUAUUUUACCCACAAUAACUGCCUAUUUUGUUAUAAUAAAAUAUAUAUAAAUAUAUCUUUAACUAAGCUCUGUAACUAUGGGAAUUAUUUUCUUUACAUAGUUGCGCACAUAUAUAUAUUUAAAAUAUAUUUUUUCUUUUGCCACCUACUCCUAACUUUUUGUUUGGUUUUUAAAUUAAAUAUUAAUUGAUGAGACUUAUCUUCCUUAAUCAUGUGAACUGAAAACAAGUGUACAAGUGGUCUUGAGGAGAAACCACUAAGGAAAUUGGAUUGCAAGUGAAAAUCUGAGCUUUGUUCUCCUCUCUCUACAGACGCUCCAGAAGGUUCCUGGAGCUUUGUCAUUGUUCUCGUCAUGAGGUUUAAUUUUGAUCCUCUGCCUUUCCUUCUAGUUCUCAUUAAUAGAAAAAAACAGACAACUCCCAUUUCUGUGACUUUUCCCCUCACACACUUCAUCUUGCGUAGCUGCUCUGUACUAGAAUUAUACAGAUCUUUAUGGAGAACAAUUUUAAGAAGUUUUAGUGGAAAGCAAAAAUGCUUUCAGAAGUCAAUUUCUCUAGUCCUUUUUAUUAAUAUCAUUUGGCUUCCCUUUGCUCUUUGGAGUUGUUUAUUCAAUAUGUGGUUUUCGACAACCUCGUUAAAAUUUCUUAAAUGAGUACUGGUUUGUAAAGAUUAUCAACAUUAUCCAUUCCAUUUAUGAGAAAGAGGAGAACAACCAAUAAACUUUAUUGUAAAAUCCA